GUCCUCCAAAAGGUUAUAUCGAAGCAUUGGAAACAAGGCUUCAAAGGAUGGAAUCCGUUCUUGGGAACCUGGUACAAUCCGGAAAUUUGCCUGAAAGUGUAAUUAACUCAAACCUCGAGUGGAUUAAUAUUAAUGAAAAUAGCUUUAAAAAUAAUAUCGUUAAUAAUUUACAAAAACCUCAUGAUUCACCAACUUCAAACGAUGAGGAUUUAUACCUUAUGAACUCCCAAAAUGGCCAAGACAGCGAUACUGAUGAGCGUUUAUCGAGUGAUGACGAUCAAUCUUGUGACUUAAGCGACACAAAAGAAUUGCUUAAAGACGAGUUCGACAGUGCGACCUUAACAAACAUUCAGGCACUUGUACUGUUGGCAGGAAAUCUUCAAAGCGCAAAAAAUUCUUCAUCAUGGUUAUAUGCGGGUAUAGCUAUUCGUCUUGCUCAAGAUAUGGGAUUACAUCGAGAUUCGUCAAAAUGGAAUCUUGAU